CGCCAUCAUGGCGCCAAUAUCCUCCUCCUUGGAGAACCUGUCUAACUCUUUGAGCACUCCGAAACAGCUUGCCUCAUUGAAGUCGUCCGAAGAAGAAGACGCUCAGUCUCUACGUUUCGCACAAUGUCAACUCACCUCGGCCGCCGGCAUCCUCCUGCGCCUUGCACAAGAAGUUAUUGCACAUGCGAUUGUCCUCCUCCAGCGAUUCAUAGUGGCUAGCAGAGCAGAAGAUCGUGAAGGUUUCGGUCCACGAGCAUACUCCGCGGCAGCUAUCUACCUUGCUGCCAAAAUUUCUACUACACCAGUCUCGGCUCGAUCAGUUGUCAAUGUUUACGCUUACCUCACCUCCAAAGCCUCUCCACUCAAGUUUGUCAAUCCUACCGAGACACUUUCGGAGAUCCUUCCUACCGAGUACUAUGUAACAGAAGGAACCUACGAGAGAGAAAGACAGCGCUUAUCUGUCUGUGAGAGCAUGAUACUGGUGGGCAUUGGGUUUGACACCCGAGUGGCUCUGCCACACGGCCUGGCUUUGGCAUACAUGCAAGCUUUGGGAGUCUCAUCGACGAAUCUAGCGCGGAGAGUUUUCGAACACUUGAACGCAGGUCUGCUGUCACCGCAGCUUCUCUACCUUACACACCAGCCGAACGCGCUCGCCGUGGGUGCAAUCUAUUUGGCUGCGCGAGAGACUGGCGUCAAGCUUGUUAACAAGAACUGGUGGGAGGUCUUCGAUGUCGAUAGAGAAGACCUUGGAUUUCUGGUUCUGGCUUAUGGAAGUACUGCCAACUUUGCGGAAGCUGAGAUGGAGAAGUGGAAACAAGGACCACUGGCUUUGGGUUGAGACUGUUCGCUCUGCCUCAUCCGCUCUCUUCUGCGGCCGCAAACUCAAGGCCGGCCACCCUACUCCGGCGUCAUAGCAUGCUACCCUGCGAUCUGUUCACCGGCUGCCCGUCGAAGUCCAGAUGGGAUCCCCGUGUUUCGUCAUGGAGCUGUUGAAGCUCCUGCUCAGUCGCGCAACUGGAAAGUCGAUCGCCACAUCCACUGAAGCCGAGUCUGAGUGGACGGAUGGACAACAAUUCGGGACUGCUACAGCGCUGCUUCCGUUGACGAGGUGGACAGCUGACUGUCCUCAGUCCGAACACCGCUCUAGGCAGCGCACCUGGCUCCAGAUGGAGUUCGAGGAAUAUCUGCACUAUGUUCGCCGGUGUACAUGGCUGCGGUGAGCAGAAGCGCCUGGGCAACCUUUGUUGUGUCUGGUGUCAAUUUGACAUUCUUUUUUUCCCUUCUUCUUCUAAAGACCUCGAAUGGCUGUUGGUUUACGCUGGACAUAGACAAUGCAAAGUUCCUUCGGUGUCUAACACCGUGAUACUCUGUUCUUUUUUGUGCAGGAUAAGAUGUAAUGGACGCGGGCUGAGUUGAAGUGCAGAACGGCAAUCGAAGAACAGUGUUGCCCCUAAUGCUUGUCGGCUGCACACUCUGGACAAGACUGUCUACAAAGGCCCUACAGGACAUGCACUUUCUGGAGAGAAUACCGGAAGACAUGGUUAUACCUAGAAACUUUUCCCUUAUAUCCCACGAAUGCAAGGAAGAAGGACAGGAGGUUUCGUCAUCGGAAUCAUUGUAACAUUAUGC